AUGUCUUACGCGAAUUUGAAGCAUGAAGACAUCAAAUUUGUAUUUGGGGAUAAAGUGUUCCUCAAUGUUUCCCCUUGGAAGAAAGUACUCUGCUUCAGGUGCAGAGGAAAGUUGACUCCUCGCUUUAUAGUACCUUAUGAGAUACUUGAGAUAGUUGAGCCAAUGGCUUACAGGUUAGCCUUACAACCAGAGUUGGAACACAUCCAAAAUGCAUUCUAUGUGUCAAUGCUCAUAAAAUAUCGUUCAAAUCAUUCUCAUAUCAUACCCAUAGAACAGAUUGAGGUUUGCUCAUACAUGACCUAUAUAGAGGAGCCAAUCAAAAUCCUAGCAAAGGACAUCAAGGAGUUAAGGAACAAGAGGAUUCCUUCAGUGAAAGUGUUGUGGAGGAACCAUGGCGUAGAGGAAGCAACUUGGGAAACCGAUGAGGAAUGCAACUUCAGUAUACUUACCUCUUCUACUUAG